ACUAAUAUGAGCGAUUCACAGUUUGACGAGAAUUUGGUCUUGGAAACACUUUCUGAGCAUGUGCUGGACAAAAAAGAAAUUGCAACAGUUUCGUGGCUUUCAAAAUCCGAACACAUUUCCCCAAAUCUUGCCAGAAAAUGCAUGGAAAAGUUUUGCUCCAAAAAUGAAUCGCAAGUGAAACCAAUUUAUUGUUUGUCUUACAUGCUGGAUGAAAAACUGAAAAUGACUCUCAGUUCAAAAAAAUCUCCGGACGAAAUUAAUGAAUGUGAAAUUUUGUCAACUCAAAUUUUCAGUUUGCAAUCGUUUCAGCCAAGAGAACUAUCAUCUAUUUGCUUGCCUUUACAAGAGAGCUUAGACUACACUAAACCAGGAAUAAAAUGUCCUUUUGACAAUAUUUCUAAAAACCCAAAAGACCAAGGCCUUGAUCCGGUACCUGGUUCUUCGAAACAGUCAGGUCAGAAAGUAUCAUCAACGUUAUUAUCUAAACCGGCUGUAAAUACCUCAAAACCUAAAAGUGGUACCGUGCAAUCAAUGUUUGCUAACACAAAUUCUUCACAGUCGACGACCAAACCGAAACCAACAAAAUCCGAGCCAAUUAUCAAAGCUACAAAGAAAGUAGAGACCAAAAAACAGGGAAGUGAUAUUGGAAAGGCAUUUAAAGACAUGGAAAUGAAACCGAAGGUUGCCAAAAUUGAAAAGCUAAGCCCGGAAAAAUGCAACUCUGAGACAGUUCCAAAACGAGGAGCGGACGAAGAAACCGAAGAAAGAUCUCCCCCUAAAAAGAAACAAAAACAGAAAACUGGUAAACAUAAACGAGUAAUUAUGGACGACUCCGACGAAGAAGAAAUGAAUCACUCGGCUGCCAAUCAGAAUCAAGAAGAGGAGUCGGACGUGAAAAGCGAGCAAGGCGACCAAUCGCCGUUGAAGGAAAACCAAGAAGUGGAGAUAAGCGAACCUGAGAAAGUUAUCACUAAAGUAAGACGAAGAAGGAAAGUUCUGAAGGAUGUUACACAUGUUGAUGAAGAUGGAUUCCUGAUCACAGAUAAAGUAUGGCAAGAGGAAUCGUGCAGCGAAGAAGAAGAUGACUCAUCUUCUAAGACUGAUAAAAAUGGAAACUUGAAGACGUCAAGUUCAAAUAACGCUUCAGUUAAACUACCUGAAAUGAUAUUCAGAAACCAACCGGCCGAUGAUAACAAUAAGCCGAAACCGAAAGCUGCGAAAUCUGGAGGUGGAAAUGCAAAAAAGAAUCAAGGCAGUCUGUUUUCUUUUUUCGGAAAGAAGUCAUAAUUUAAGUCUGAGUGUUGGGUUUUGACUGCAAUGAAUUGCUUUAAUUUAUUUUUUUUUGUCUUUUUACACAUUGAAUUAUUCUCAAUCCUAACAAUUGAAAUUUGUACAUCAA